AUGUUCCCAGGCAUUAUUGUGGCAGGUGUAACCAGCAGCGCCAUCAUCAAUAGCAGUGCUUCGCAGCCUAGGCUGGUCCAACUGGUCCAGAUGAGCGCAGAGCUGAAGGUGCUGGCACCGAGGGCGCCAGUGGUCAGGGUGAGGUUCAUGAGGCAAUGCAUGCGGCUCCAGCCAAGAUUAUGGGCCGUGGUGGAUGUGUCCGUAGAUGGAUUUAUUGGGCACAACGAUGAAAAGACACUUGACCUCUACCAGACCGCUGCUGCUUUGCCUACGAUGUACACUGCCUACAGGCUGCUGCCAAGUGGAUGCAUUAUUGAGGAAAUGGACGAUGGCCACUGCAAGGUCACAUGUAUCGUACAUGCUGAGUACGAUGAGAGCAACAUACAGCCGUUGUUCCAUCCGCUGCUCCGCUCUGGCCAGGCAUUUGGCGCUCGACGCUGGCUUGCAUCACUGCAGAGGCAGAGUGAAUACUUUGCCGUUCUGCGCUCUGAUCUUGUUCUGAACCUCAAUAACACCGGCGCUGCUAUGAAGCCAGCGGGAAAGAAGGGUAUCUUGGAGCUUGCGCAGCGGAUGACAAUGAACUUCUAUGUGGCCAUGUGCGGCCUCCCAGCAGGCCAGCCAUGGAAUGACUGGAACGGUGGCAUUGGCGUUGGCUCUGAGAGGUUUGAGUUGGCUGUGCAUUUUGUGACUCUGGAUCAUCAAGGGGUUCUUAGCGCCACCACCACGGUGUGGCUCCCCGGUGUGCCGGCAGGGCGCGUGUUCCACUACCUCUGCGACGGGAGCCGUCGCGGGGAGUGGGACAGUCUUGCCAGCAGUGGACCCAUGAAAGAGGUGGCCUGUGUUGCCACUGGCCAGCUCUAUGGCAACUCAGUUUCUGUCCUCCGCCCCAGUGUCUAUAAUGGAACCACCAACAAGAACGACAAGCUGAUCCUGCAAGAGGCAUAUGCUGACGCAUCCUGCAUGUUCAUGGCCUAUGCUCCAAUUGAUAAGCAAUCCAUGCAUCAAGUCAUGAACGGUGGAGGCCACACCUCGUUCUCCCUCUCACCUUGUGGGUUCAUCGUCCUCCCUGAUGGCCAAGGUCAGCAAUCUGUGCAAACAAUUUCUGCCGGUUCCUCCUCCAGCGCCGGCGUCUCUGCUACCUGUGCCGGCUCGAUUGUUUCUGCUCUGUACCAGACAGAGUUGAGCGCCCCCCUGCAGCAGAGCGUCGCCAUAGGGCUCAUGGAUGAUAUUGGGAACCUCUUCUGCCAUGCAAUCAAGAAGAUCAAGGAUGCUGUCCAGGCCAAGCUCGUAGUCCCUGCCUGA